UAAACCUCGUUUUCCACUAUGAUGUUGGACUCUAACUUAUUGGAUGUUCUGUUGCUUGCAAACUUACUGGAGGUUUGUCUCAGUGGCCCUUCGUAAUGGGGUAAAAUUCCCCAUUCUUUCUGUUUCGUUCUCUGCCUGUACCGAAGGCGAGGCGGCCUUCCGCUAGUCGACUUUGGCUGUCGGAUUCAUCUCUCAACUUGUGAAGGCAGCCAAUUUUUUGUGUGUCGGUUUAGCCGGUGUCUCAGCCGCGGUUCUCUGUUGCUGCUUCCUCGAUUUGUCGGCCUGCUUGUUUGACCCCAGUUCUUAAUCACGCGUACAAAACCUCUCAACAGCCGUCGAAGCCACCGCGGGGUACCUCAGCAGAAGCUGUGCAAGCUUCCGUCGACAUCUGAAGCUCUCCCGGAGGAAAACAUCUUUCCGACGAAGACAGCAGCAGCUGCUGUUCACUGGGAUCCAGCGCUUUUAGUAAAGUUGCGGAUGGGCUGCCUUUCACGCAUUCCUUUCCUUUUGCAACUCGAGGAGCGAACAUCGCCUAUCUACAUCCCGCCAGGUAUGGCACGGAUCCUUCUUCGGUUUUCACAGGGUUUGUGUAGCUUCACUGCGUUGAUACCUUCGGACGCGGAAUUCUUCCCCACGUCCUUCCCCUUUCCUGGAUGACUGAAGUCUACGUUUCUCGCCCGUGCUUUCUCUCAGACACUUACGUGCAACCGACGGCUACCGGCGUUUCAGGCGGCAAACAAUGCCUCAUUCGCUUCUCGGUUGGCUUGCAAGACUCGCAGAUUUUGUGUUGACCGACGAUGAUAAUCUUGACUUCUCCAGUCACUUUCCUAUCUGUCAAAGGCUGCGGCAGGGACAUAUCAGUUAAAGCGUCUGGACAGUAUGGCGGACUUCACAAUCCUUUGGUUCUGCGCCUCGGUGUGCGCCCUCGGCGCGCUGAUUCUUUCGUCGAGUGAUUUCACAUUUCUCGUCGCGGCGACUACUGCGAUUCAGAAGAUGAACAUCCUCUUCACGCACUUGAAGAGUCGCGAAGCCAUUUUGGAGCGAAUCCGAGCCAUCCGGGCCGAGGCCGCCGGCACUGGCAGCGCGGAAGAGUCCGACUCCAGUGUCCGGUCCGCUGCUGCCGAGCUAAGCGAGGUCUGUGUGCACCCGGAGUUGGUCGGAAAUGACGUUCUCAAGGUCAUGUCUGCGGUUAAAGACGACACCGAACAAAGAGCCGAGCACACACGCGAGCGAUCGGAUGAGCGCGUGGCCGCCCUCGAGGCUGCUCCUGAAAAGGCGCUGGAAAGUGACAAGCAAGCCGCGCGGGCCUUCCGCAAGCUCGCCAAGAAACAACUGGAACAGAUUCUUGCGGCCAACAUCGAAGAUCAAACGGUGUUUCUUUUCGGGGCUUCCAACGAGGUCUUCGUUUUCGCGGCGAAGACACGCCGUGUGAUCGUGAUCGAGAAAGAGCCUGAGGUCUGUGACAAGUUCCUCGCUUCCGCCCUCGGAAUCUGUUCAAUGAAGGACAACGUCCACAUUUUCUGCAUGAAGCAAAACAACUUGGGAGAGCGCGAACGCCUCGUUGCUUUUUUCUCCAUGGCUGAAAGUCUGAUUCAAGAUCAGUACAGCGACAUUCCCAUGGACGUCUUGCACUCGGACAUGAAUUACCCUGUUGCACUAAGUCUCAAGAUUUUUGAGGAGAUCGACCAAUCGACAACGCUUGUUCUACGCCACCGCUUAAGCCACGAUGCUUUGGAGGUUCUCGGAAAAUACUAUCGCCAGGUUCUGCUCGUUCUUCCCGACGAGAUGGAUCCCGACAUGACAAGUUCGGUCGCGGUGCUGCUGCUGCGGAAGAGGUACGCGCCAGAUCCUCCACAGGAUCUCUGGGAGUCAUAUAUCAGCCCGGAGUGGCAACUGGCUCCGAAUGAAGAGCCGCUGAUUCUCUUUAGGGAUCUCCUUCGACAGAUAUCCCAGCGUUUCCAGUCCGAGCUGAACGAGCUGGAGAACACUCGCGUAGGCGUUCAGGCCCGGGCUAUCCGCGCUCACUACCACUUGGCUACUGAUGAAGAAAGGCAGGGAGACAUCGCGUUUUUUGAUGAGCUCAAGACCAUGCUGGAUAGCCCCGAGACUGACGUCGCUUCUGUACAGGAACUGCUCCGGAGGAGGUCACAGGAAGUAGCAGACAUAGAGCGCAGUACGUCCGUUUUGAAAGAGUACUUUGAGCCGAUUGACAACGCCAUUGCUGCAAUGCCUGAUGAACCAUUGAAACGCUUACUUCAAGACAUGCAAAACGACUUCGUCGUGGCGACGAACAAGAUCGACACAACUGAUAGCCAGCUGGAGUUGCUAGAAGAUAUUCUCGAACUUUUGAAUCCCGAGUUGUUCACAAGUUCCGAACUCCUGCCAAAGUCGCUUCACGCGCUGCGCGUGGCCGUUGCCUCACUAAACAUUAUCACCGACGCCCACACAAUUGUUCGCGAUAUUGAACAGGCUGUUUUUCGAAAUGUUGACCCGGUCACCAUUGUUAAGUCAUAACGGGCCAAUCUUUUAAACAUUGCGAGGGACGCAAACUCGAUGAGGGGUAUUUCCAGGGUCCCCGUUUCGCAUUUUCGUUGUUCGUGUUCCAGCGGGGUAACUUCUGCUUGAUAAGGGAUGAUGAAAACAAACUGACUUCUUUUU